UCGACCGAUCGAGCCAGCCACACUCGUAACCGAGACGUCCGUUUCGUGGUGUCCUAACAGCAUGAUCUUGCUCAUAGUCCUGGCCGCGUCAUUGGUGGCGUCGACGAUCGCCGAAUCCUACGAGGACAGAGAAUACAUUCAGUACAGAGGCCCUCCAGCGCCAUUGACCAGCGAUGGGAUGGUCAUGGACACGCCGGAAGUGGCCCAUGCGAGGGCCGCCCACCUAGCGUUGCACGCUGAAACGAUGGCCAGGCUGAGAAAGGCCCAGAACGAUUACGAGAUGUACGAGAACAACGAAAUGUCGUACAUGCCACAAGUGAUGGACCCUGUCGAGACUGUGAUGCAAAAGAGACAGAGGCAGAGGGAAUACAUGCCUUUGGAAAGCGAUGGAAACGCUAUGGAGAAUCCUGAGAUGACAGAUGCGAAAAGCCCUCGUUUGACAACGCGUGCACGAGCAGCCUCGAAGGCGUCGGAAUUUUACGAAUUUGACAUCUUUGAUGGACGAAAAAAUUUGGUUUACCUGGCACCUGUUCGAGUUACCUACAAACACUCGCCGACAAUGGGUUACAGAGGACCACUAGCGCCACUCGGCCCUGACGGCCGCGUGGUGGAUACACCGGAAGUGAUGAGGGCGCGCGAGGCGCACAUGAAGGCACACGCUCGCGCCGUAGCACUCUCCACUCAGAACGAUCUUUACUAUUAAAAUGAGGAUAGGAUUUUGUUCCCUU